CAAGAUAUAUGAAAAUAAUAUACUAUAAAAUUAUUGGCACAAUGAUUUGCCCAUUUUAUUGUGUGAAUCCAACACUCACUACCAUCACAACUGAGAGAUAGAGAGAAACAUGUCAUUUGACGAGACGGAGUUACGACUAGGACUACCCGGCAACGGCGGUGAAGGCGGAGAUGCUGCGGUGCACACCAACGGAAAAAGAGGCUACGAUGAGACCGUCAUGGACUUGAAGCUCAAACUCUCAUCAGAUGAUCAAGAAAGUACCAAAAAUGAUCAAGACAAGAAGCUUUUCUCCACCACCAUUGGUACCGGUUGCUCCGUUAACCCGCCCGCCAAGGCACAAGUGGUGGGUUGGCCACCGGUGAGAUCAUACCGGAAAAACAUGCUGUCGGUACAAAAGAAGAGUGGCAUCCGCCGCAACGAGGAAGCUGCGGGUGGUGGCGGUGCGGCGUUUGUGAAAGUGAGCAUGGAUGGAGCUCCAUACCUCCGGAAAGUUGACCUGAAAAUGUACAAAAGUUAUCAAGAUCUCUCUGAUGCUUUGGGCAAUAUGUUCAGUUCCUUCACUAUUGGUACCUGUGGAUCACACGGGUUGAAAGAUUUCAUGAACGAGAGCAAGUUAAUGGAUCUUUUGAACAAUUCCGACUACGUUCCAACCUACGAAGAUAAAGACGGGGAUUGGAUGCUCGUCGGAGACGUUCCCUGGGAGAUGUUCGUUGAUUCAUGCAAGCGUUUACGUAUAAUGAAAGGGAAGGAAGCCAUCGGACUUGCACCGAGGGCUAUGGAGAAAUGCAAGAACAGACGCUAAACUCGACGAACAAACUCAACCGCGACAUCUUGCUUGUUCGGUCUUUGUGUGGCAUGCAACAUCAAGUAUAGUGCGCGAUGGAAUGAGCAGACGAUACGGUUCGUGUUUGUACUUAUUGUUUUAUAAUAAACUCUUUAUCUGGAUUGGGAACUUGAUUGUUGGUUAUAUUGUGAGGGUAAUGUGUAUUUAUAAACUUGGGUGAUUGAAAUUCAUGGACAUAAAUAGGCAAGAGACCAAUAAAUAUCAUUAGUAUGUUCUAUGUACUACCAAAUCUAAGGUUUUUAACCUUUGUUUUGGUGAUUUGUUGUAGUAUUAUGUUUAAUAAUCUAUGUAACUCAUGUUGUGAAGUACAUGUUAUUUUCAUGUA